CGAUUCAAGAAAUCAUCCUGCACAACUUGCUUCCAAACAUUUACGUCGUCCUGCUCUGCUCUCUUAUUUUUGCAUAAUUUCCUUUUCACCGCAUCUAAUUCUGGCCCCAGUCUCUCGUUUACUUUCAGCAUUUAUGCCGUCAUGUCUACUGGUCACGCACACAAACAUUCCGGUUCCGUAUCCCAGAAUCAAAAGGCACAGCUCGCCAACGCAUAUAACGAAUUGGGAAAGGAAUUAGCCUCGCAUAAAGUCAGAGUAGUCGGAAAUUACACACUGGGCAAGGUCAUUGGUGAAGGUGCCUACGGGAAAGUGCGCAUGGGCACCCACCGGUUAACGUCGACCCGGGUUGCUAUCAAGCAGAUUCCAAAGUCCAUGUCCGCUGCCCUCACCCGUGAAAUACACCAUCAUCGCCAGCUACACCAUCCGCACGUCGCCCAGAUGUACGAGGUCAUCGCUACCGAGUCCUCGAUAUGGAUUGUCACGGAACUCUGCUCAGGAGGCGAGCUCUUCGACUAUCUCGUCGAGAAGGGCCGCUUGUCCGAAGACGAAACCAAAGUCAUGUUUGGACAGCUCUGUCUCGCUGUUGCGUAUCUCCACGAGAAAGGCAUAGUCCACCGUGACCUCAAGCUUGAGAAUGUGUUACUGGACGAGCGAUGCAAGGUGAAACUGGGGGAUUUUGGGUUCACGAGGGAGUUUGAGCGGGGAACGUUGAUGGAGACGUUUUGUGGGACAACCGGGUAUGCUUCCCCCGAGAUGUUACAGGGCAAGAAGUACCAGGGUCCGGAGGUGGACGUGUGGUCAUUGGGCAUUAUCUUGUACUGCCUGCUGACUGGGACGCUACCGUUUGAUGACGAUGACGAGGCUGUCAUGCGACAGAAGAUUAUAAAGGGUGAAUUUGAGGAUCCCGAAUGGCUUUCUUUAGACUCCCGCGAUAUCAUCAAGAAUAUCUUGGUUAUGGAUCCGGCUAAACGUCUGACCAUACCCCAGAUUUUGACUCACUCAUGGUUCAGCACGACAAUUCCGACAUUCCAGCAAGAAUCCCCUAUACACCUAUCCCCUAACUCCGUGCCUGCUGUGUUAUCAGCGUCCGGAUAUGAAUUCACUUCUGAAACAAGCUCUCCAGAUGUUCCAUUACAGUCCAUUCCUGAAUCUAAUCGCUCCUCCGAAGCGUCCUCUUACUCUAAUCAUUCUGCAUCGACGUUCCAUUCCGCCUGUGGUACGUCUCCUCCUACCACUCCAGAUCGUUCUUCUGGAGAUUCCUUCGAAGAUUUGCCAAAAAUUACGCCUGCCAUUCACGCUAACCCUAGCGAAACCACGAUCAGACGUCCCCUUCAACCGUCCGACCUUGACUCAAUAGUCACGAAGGUAGAGACUGUGGUGGAGGAAGAAGUAGAUGAUGUUCUUGAAGUUCCUUCACCGCCCCACCGCUCUCUCUCGUCAAGCUCCAAGGCACCACCAGUACACUCGGUUCGGACCCCGGCCCGCACGAAGCGUCGCUCGGUUUCUUCUCAGCUUUCCGAUGGCGAGUCUCCGGUAGCAGAGAAAGCACCGACAUUGCCCGGGCCGCAGGGACAGGAUAUAAAUUUUUCCUCUUUAUUGAGCACCCCAGCACCGAUUAUAUUUUCGACACCAUUAGAGCGGGAGUUGUUGAAUUCACUGAGUAUGCUGGGAUUUGACCUCGGUCAGAUCGUCUACUCAGUGCUCAAUGAUGCAUGCGAUGCUUCUGGAGCUUUGUGGUGGAUGUUGAAGCGGAAGGCGGAAAAGAAGUUGUUGGAGGAUGCAGACAAUCUUACAACUCCUGCAUCGGUCAUAGAGACGCACAUAAAGGAUGCGAAGGACAAGGCGAAGCACGGUGUCAGUAUUGGGACGCAAACAGAGCCGGCUGUUCCUGCACCGUUGACUGUUGUUCGAAGUACCCCGCAGGUUGCCAUAGUGCCACCAACGCCUACGUUUGUGCCGAACCCUCACACACCACCUCGUUCGACAGCGUCUCCAACAUCACGGACCCUUUCACCUUCGUCCUCGAUGGUGGCAGAAUCAUCGCGGUCACACCCGACAACACCAGCAGGAAGUAUGAAAGAGCACAAGGUGCGCAAACCGAGGUCUGGCAGCGUCAGCAUCAUGCAGCGGGCGACAACGGCACUUGAGGCUGCGGGUUUGGUCCGUAAGAAAUCGUCUGAAGCAGUGAAAGAGGAAAGGGAACGGGACAGAGACAGAGAGAGGUCCAGGGAAGUGGAAAGGAAGAGCGGGAUGUCAGAUGAACCUAGAUCCUCAUACGGAAGCAACUCGUCAGUCUCAAAGCUGACUAAAUCACCACCUAUGAAGGCCACUAAGGGCCCGCCGACUACACCUCCACCUCACGAACUUCACCAACAAAUCGGGUCACCGUGGGUGCUGACAGACUCACGAGACUCUUCUCCGCAUCGGUCUCGUCUUGUGGCACCAACUCCAGCGAACUCGCCCGGAGAUAUAAUGACCUCUACUUCCGCAUCGGAUUUAACGCCCACUGGAAAAGGCAGUCAUGGAUCCCAGCGCAAUCUGCUCACUGCAUUCAGGCUAUGGUUCCAUGAGGAUCGAAAGGGAAAACGGAAGGAGAACGCAGGAAACGUUUCUCCUGCCAAGGGACCUUCUGGUAUUGGUCGAGGACGUCCUGUGAUGUCGGCAUCACAGUCAUAUUCUGCUGGAUCUGUCAAGAGACGGACCAGUGGAGGUGCAGGCGGAGGUAAAUUUGCCCGGGGUGGCAGGCACCGAGCUCAGCGUGGCUCGAUUUCAUCUCGCCGUUCGAGUAGUGUUAAUUCCCGAAGGUCAUCUGUGAAUUCUGUACAGAUGAUUGUACUAGAUUCUCCUCAUGUGCCUGGGAUGCGAUCCUUUGGAACCCAUACGCCCAACUCGGAACGGGGAGAGUAUUCAUCACGACCGUCGUCGAUUCGGAGUAUCUCAAAAAGGCAUCGCAAGUCACCUUCAGCGAGCUCAGCUGGUUCGACUCACUUUAGGACAGCUUCUCCAAUACAGAAGUACCACCGACGAGGCGGUUCGGGCUCCUCUACGCGGGUCGUACGUCAGGUACAGACCAGACCAGCUCAUGUUCGAUCAAAUUCCACAACAUCUUCUCUCCAUUCUCCAUGUUCCUCGCGACCCACGUCCUUCCAUGAAUUUUCUGAUAACGAAGGGUUUAGAACAGGAUCUCCAUUUCGUCCACAUUCACGACGGACUCUGGAUGAAACACCGCGAAGAAGCAGUUAUAGUUCUGGUAGCACUAUGUAUUUCCAGAAACGUCACGGCCUGUUUUCGAAUCCCGUUAUCUAUGGAUACAGCAACUCUAUCGGACGAUCAAGUUGGAAGAAGUCAUGGGGUCUAGAACCGCCGGGGUGGCAGACCCGAACAGCUCAUCUACCUGUCGAGGUCCUUUCGAUUUCGCCGGCCGCAGAGGGGACGUCGAUCCGAGAUGUGUUCUCAGGGCGUCAGUCGCUCAAUUUGGGGGAUGAGAGUGAUUGGGUGGACGAGGACGACGAUGUUCCAUAUGCAGGGGGUUUGGGACAGAUGACCACGUCGUCCUUGUCUUCUGCACCGAGUCAUCGUAUAGAAUCACCUGUGGUUCUAUCACCGGCGCCAAGAGGACAUAGGAAUAAGAGGGCUAUGAAGGGAUCCAAUGCGCCAUCUGGUUCCGGGACGGCGCGGCAGAAAGUGUCGGAGAGACCGUCGCCUGUGUCGGUAACGGAUCCUGCGCCAGAGGCUCGUGGAGGAAGACGACAGUUACCUGCUGGACGGGCAGGACCUGCGUUCCGACAGGCCAUUCAGGAGGAAGACGAGGAAGAAGAAGAGGAAUGAUCAUUUACGCUUUCCUUUGAUAGACUUUUGUGGGUAUGGUUUCAUCUCUAUUUAUCCCUCCUACCUUGUUUUAUAUGGAUACAUCGGUUCUAUCAUUCACGUCACGUUAAGCUUUCGAUACCCUUCAUUCGUUCAUUUUCAUUUUUUAAAUUUUAUUGUGGACCUUCUUUCCGUUGUUUUAUUACAGUUUCUACGUCUACAUCUUUCAGUUCUGUUGUCGUGUUAUAGCUGUUUUACGGUUAUAUCGUUGAGGCAUCCUCUGGGCCACGCGCCAGAGAAUACGGACAUGAUAUUAAAAUGACAGACGAAGUUCAUAAAACUUUC